AUCUCUGCAUUUGGGAAAACCAUCAUUCCAUCUCUUUAUUUUCCUCCACAAUCGAACUUUUUCAUUCUUUGUUAAACUAUUCUAAUUGUAUAGUAAAAAUUUUGACGUGUAGCGAAACUCAUUCAUUUUUUAGAGACAAAAUUAACAAUUAUGGAUCCGGAAGAAGAUACUUCAUGGCGUGACGAAGCUCCUGGCCAGGUAGAUAACGAGUCAUCCGGGAAAAAGGUGAUUAUUGUCUUGGAGAAUGCUUCAUUAGAAAUAGCUAGACUAGCACCCUAUCAGAAAAUGCAACUGUUAAACUGUGACGAGCAUCAAGCUAUUUUAAGACGGUUCAAUAGAGAUAUUGCAGAUGCUAGACCUGAUAUUGUUCAUCAGUGCUUGUUGACUUUACUAGAUAGUCCAUUGAACAAGUCAGGUCACUUGGAGGUCUUUAUUCAUACAGCAAAUGGAGUUGUCAUCCGCAUCAACCCAGAAUGUCGUAUACCCAGAACAAUUAAGCGGUUUUCGGGAUUAAUGGUUCAAUUAUUAGAGAGAGGCAGCAUUACUAGUGAACACGAAGGAACCACUAAAAAGCUAUUAGAAGUGUUACAGUCACCUUUAGAGACAUAUUUUCCUCAAGAUUGUAAAAAGAUUGCUCUUUCAUGCGAGGCACGCAAAGUCAAAUUGUACAAAUAUUUUGCGGAAGAGAUACCCCCCGGAAAACCCGUGGUUAUUGCAGUAGGAGCAAUGGCAAAAGGGCCAGAUACAUUUGCUGAUCGAUAUGUCAGCGAAAAGAUAGGCAUUUCAAGCUAUGCCUUAUCAGCAUCUGUAGCUUGUGGCAAAGUUUGCUGUGCAUUCGAAGAUUUAUGGGAUAUUAUGUAAACGAGAAUAUGCCACAGAGCUUCUCAUUUACCUUUGUGCACUUCAAAUUUGCAUCUCUGUUCCAAGCAUACUAUGCAUUCUCACUAAUAUAUACGUAUCCCUGAUUGCUUCAUUGUCUGAUAGGAUGGAGACUGGAACCCGAUUACACAUCUCUUAUUAUGUAUUUUAAGAAGUAUCCGAUAUAUAUAUUAUGCCUAAAUUAAAUAUUCUAAUUCAAUGCUUUAAUAAAACACUAUGAAAGAAUUACUAGC